AACCAAGAGUGACGCCACAGGAGAGCAGAAUAAAUUUGAGGAGAGGAGAAAAAGGUUGGUGGAGUGAUAUUUAAAGCAAGCAAGUAAGUCGAGGAUCCAAUGGAUUUGUAUGGAAAGAUGGCUGCUACUCAAGAUGUGAAAGAAAAGGGGGAGGGAGGGGAUCAAAAUUUCGACUACAUGUUCAAGCUGCUCAUCAUUGGCAACAGCAGCGUGGGCAAAACCUCUUUCCUGUUCCGCUAUGCAGAUGACGCCUUCACUUCAGCCUUCGUCAGCACAGUGGGCAUUGACUUCAAAGUGAAGACUGUGUACAAGAAUGACAAAAGGAUCAAACUGCAGAUUUGGGACACUGCAGGCCAGGAACGAUACAGGACCAUCACCACUGCCUACUACCGUGGGGCCAUGGGCUUCAUCCUCAUGUAUGACAUCACCAAUGAAGAGUCUUUUGGUGCAGUCCAGGACUGGUCAACCCAGAUAAAAACCUACUCCUGGGACAACGCACAGGUGGUGCUGGCUGGAAAUAAAUGUGAUAUGGAAGAUGAGAGAGUCGUCUCAAUGGACAAUGGACGACUGCUGGCAGAACAGCUGGGCUUUGAAUUCUUUGAGACAAGUGCCAAGGAUAACAUCAACGUCAAACAGACCUUUGAACGUCUUGUUGACCUAAUUUGUGACAAGAUGUCCGAGAGCUUAGACAUCGAUCCAGCUGUCACCACAGGAGCACCCACUGCCAAACUCACAGACACUGCUCUGCCCCUCCAGCAGCAAGGAUGCAACUGUUAGUAACCAAUGUCAGGAAACCAGGAGGGGCAGGGGAUGUGACACAGGUCCUAGUAAGAUGCUAGUGUGCAGUUUUAAUCUCCCUCAGCAUUAAUACUCCUGCUGAUGCUGCUUUCUCAAACCAUGUUUAGUAGUAGAUUCACAAAGUUCUGCCAUGUUAUCUUUCAAUAUUAUCUCUUACUAUCCAGAGCAAGUCGCCAUACAGACAGAAAUGCUACUGCAAAAUAUGUGAUAUUAAAAAAUAUUUAGAAUAAAGAGAAUAAAUAGAAUGUCACUAUGGCUUAGUAUGGUCUUAGUCUACAAAUACAAUGUAUUGUAUACAAACUAUAUAAUGUAAUACAAACUAUAAGAAUCAGAAUAUUUACAAAAUACAGGAUAUAAUCAAUUAGUCUUUGAAUGUUUUCUUUUCUUUUUCUAAUGUUUUUUUUCUUUUUUCAAAGCUUAGUGCACUAUAGGAUGUAGCCGGUUGGUUUUGUGGAAGGAAUGUGUGGAUUUGGUGAGUGAGUACAGGUUUGCAUGAGUCCGAAAAAUGUGUUUGAGUUGCAAAUGAGUGAAACUUAGUCAUCUACCUUGAAUGAAAAAAGUGGCCUUUUGCAUCUUCAACUUGGCCAUAAGACCCCAUGUUAGUUUGUUACUUUUGGAAUGAACCCACUAUGGUAAUGUUCAUGUAAUUACUUGUUGAUGAUUUAAUUGAAGUAGAUGUGUUAUACCUAGUGAAGUGACUCUUUCUAUGUACAAAACCUUUAACAAGUCUCAACAUAGUUUAAUGCUAAAAGCAUGCUACCAAAAAGGUUUGUGUGCUUUUUUAUUUACCUAAAGCUUCCAAAAAUUUCUGGAUUAUAUCUACAGCACUGUCAAGACCCAGAACAGUGUUCCAUAUUCUAAUCAGUUACUGACAUGGAACAAACAGCCAUAAAUUAUCAAAUAAAAACAAAUAAAAUCUAAACCUAAUUUAGAAUUGUACAUUUUUGCAAUACAAUUACUCUCUAAAAAUGUUAGAAACUACUUAACACUUCCUGUAGAUUUUAACAUAAGGCUAUAAAAGCAGUUAUAUACAGAUCAUUUACAAUAUCAGUAUCAUAACUUAACAAUAAAUAGAAUAAUUUAAAAAACAUAUACGUUAGUGCCAAAACAUUACAAUUACUUUAUUGUCAUUGGUUGGUUGCAUAGUUUAAUAAAUGCUAAAAAAAUUGCAUGAAGCCAGUCCUGACUAAUAUGUGGAGGUUUAUAUAAUAACAAUAAGUGCAUUUAUAUAUCAAUCCAUGUUACAAAUUCUAGAAGCAUCGUCACAGCAGCUAACUGUGAGAUGCAAUGGGCCAAUAAGUGCAAUAUUUUGAGAUAAACCCUGUACAUAGUUUCUCCUGUCCUUGAGUAUGAUGACUGUGUCUGCAGUAUGUGAUAGAAAUGGCUCUGAAACUGAUGUAGUAUCUCUAAAAGAGAUGAUUGUGUGUCUGUGUGUGUGUUGGUGUGCGCAUGUGUGCCUGCCACAUAAGAGACAAAGUACAUACUAUAAUGUAUUGUUUGUGUAUACCUUUUGUACAAAUGUAUUACACAUACUACAAUGUUGUUCCUGCUAACUCUUGUGUGUUGGUUAAACUUGUGUAUCCAUGUCAAAAUGCAGUGUUGUUGUGAAAGAAAAUUUAAAUGGCUCAAUGCCAUGCCCAUAAUGAUGUUAUCCAAAAAAAGGGGAAUUUGCAUAAAGUAGUUCAGAGAUCCUACAUAUGUUUGUACACGUGCUAUGUGCGUGUGAUCUGUGUAUGUGUGUGGCAUUAUCAUUUGUGCUAACAUUCAAAUAAAUGAUUCUAAUGACCUUAGGUUAGGAUUCAUUUAACAGACAUACAUAUUAUGUAGCUGUUCAACAACCUGUGGUCAAAUGUCACUUUAAAGAACUACAGCAAGUAUACUUACCUGGUUAUAUUUGUUUAUUGGAGUGUAAGUAAAAUAUGUUUUGGAAAAUAAAUUAGAUUCUAAAAGUGAGAUGUAGUGAUCUCUGCAAUGCAUGUUGAAUAUUUGCUGCCCUCUGGUGGCUUAUCAUGGGUUUGUUCUCCGGAAGCAACACUGACGUCCUAUUCUGCAGGAUUUAAAAAAUAUUGUACGCUACCUAGUGUUAUACUAAUGUACCUGCAUUGCGGUUAUAGCAAGUAACCACAUAAAUGAUCACAUAAGGCUGAAAUUACACAAAUUUAAGUUACAUUUAACUAAGAUAAAAUAUAAAAGGAACAAUUUUAUGUACUGGCUUGCUAAACGCCUCUGCUUAUUUCUGCUACA